AUGCCUGGUGGACCUGGGCUCACCGCUGCCGAUCACAUCCUCUGGGCACAGAGGAUACAGAAAGAGGAAAUAAAUGCCAAGUCGCGGCCAGAUGCAUUCUCUGUACGAGCUGCAGUGAGCGUACCAGGGGUGCCUACAAAGUUCAAGCCGGGUCAUAUGGAUCCACGAGAAGCCUCAGGCUCUGGCUUCAGCCCUGCAGCCUUGGGUUGGGAUCCAGCGAGUACUAUGACAACUGAAUUCCGACGGUGCAUGAAUCAGCAGAGCGCUGGUCCACGCGAGCGGCAUCUGUUCCCCGAGACAUCCCAGCAAGAAAUCGGAUGGAUUCAGGGCAACUGCGGGAAGCCAGCACAAAGAAGCGCACCUGCAGGCAGCGAGCCAACCCGUUUGGGCGUCGGCUGGUUGAUGAAGGACGGACACGGCGGCCCAAUCAACAAGCUUGCAGCAGAGCGAGCUGAUGAUGCGCCAAUGGUCUUAAGCACGGAGCGGCAACAUCCGCGCAAUCGGAAGUCCAAGGAUGGAAACGUACGGGAAGAGCUGGGCGUGCCGCCCUACGCCACCAGCAUCUCAUGUGCCAUUUGGCCGGACGAUUCUCCUGCAGAAGAGUCUGUUGGCAACAGGUCCUCUAGAUCUUCCAGAUCUCACAGGAGCAAGAGCCAGUCCAAACUGCAGGUGGCUGGCCGAAGCCAGAUGCAUCGUGCUGGGUCCCAGCCAACGUUGCAGGAGUCAGUGCGCAGGCAUUUCGCAGUUCAAGAGCAAGCGCUUGGGCAAGCGAUGGAUCGAAGCCGCAAAUUUCUCAACUGUCCGACAAACAGGUGGUAUCAGCCGCUGAGCAACUCGGACGUUGCCAAGUUUGCGGAUGCCUACACAAAGGCUUUUGGAGUUGGUCUUUACGCCAGAGGAUGA